ACCGGAGGGAAAGUAAAUAAAAGCUACGCGCAUGCGCACGAGCAACACACCGAUCCCGCACGGUUCAUUUGACUUCAUUCCAGCAAAGACGUGAAGCGACGAACAGGAAUAUGAUGUUCCGCAGCAUUAAGGUGUUCGUGCUAUGCCACGGUCUGCUGCAGUUUUCCCAGCUGCUGUACAGCUCCUACUUCAAGAGCAGCCUCAGCACGGUGGAGAAACGCUACGGCCUCAGCAGCUACUCCACGGGAACCCUGUCCUCCCUGCACGAGGUGAGCAACUGCCUGUUGAUCGUGUUCCUGAGCUACUUUGGGAAUCGGGUGCAUCGCCCUCGCCUCAUCGGGAUCGGCGGACUGUUGAUGUCCAUCAGCGCCGUCAUGCUCGCCCUGCCGCACUUCCUGUCACGGCCGUAUGAAUACGACUCGGUGCUACUGGACCGUCAGGACAUUUGCGACCUGCAGAGGAACUCCAGCGCCUCCGAGUCUUGUGGCCGGGACGAGAGCAGGCGAUUGGCCGACACGCGCAACCUGUGGAUGCUCAUGGCCGCCGCCCAGCUACUGUUUGGCGUUGGCUCAGUGCCCAUGCAGCCCUUUGGCAUCUCCUAUAUUGACGACUUCGCCGCACCGGGGAACUCACCGCUCUACAUAGCCAUCUUGUUUGCUGUUUCCGUGUGCGGGCCCGCCUUUGGCUUCCUGUUGAGCUCCGCGAUGCUUCGUAUCUAUGUGGACAUGGACAAAGUCGCCUCGGAUGGCGGCAUGGAUCAAGCGCUGAGUCCGGGCGAUCCCCGCUGGGUGGGCGCCUGGUGGAUGGGCCUCCUCAUCACGUCGGCCUGCCUGGCGCUCACCUCACUGCCGUAUUUCUUCUUCCCCCGCACUUUGCCUUCAGAGGGACGGAUGAUUGGAAUGGAAUCCACCGAGGACUUCAAGAAGCCUCGCGUCUCUUUGUUCAACUUCUUAAAAAUGUUUCCCAGGAUGUUCAUCCACUUGCUGCUGAGUCCCUUCUUCCUGAUCCUGAUCCUGGCUCAGUGCUGCUUCUCCUCGGUGAUCGCCGGCCUCUCCACCUUCCUCAACAAGUUCCUGGAGCGCCAGUACAGCGCUUCCAUGGCCUACAGCACCAUGUUGGUCGGUGCCAUGAAUCUUCCGGCCGUGGCGGUCGGCAUGCUGCUGGGCGGCGUCAUCAUGAAACGGACGGGAAUGUCUCUGAAGAACAUCCCUCGCUUCUCCGUGCUCAUGUUGAGCAUUUCCACGCUGAUGUGCGUGCCGCUCUUCUUCAUGGGAUGCUCCACGCACAAAGUAUCUCAGGUCAAUCACAACCAGAUCGGACAGCGCGGGUCCCCGUCCAAUUGCUACGCCAACUGCUCGUGUCCCUCCGGAGCCUUUAAUCCAGUGUGCGGCUCUGAUGGGGUGGAGUAUAUUUCUCCGUGCCAUGCCGGCUGCACCAAUUUCACCAAGGACCCAGACAACAUACACGCAGUCCAGCUGUACACCAACUGCAGGUGCGUCACGGGUAGUCAGAGUCACGCGCGGCCGUCGCCCUGUGCCAAUCAGUGCUCCCACCUCCUGCUGCCCGUCAUCCUGAUGCUGUCGGCGGGGGCGCUGGUCGCCUGCCUUACCCACAACCCCAUGUACAUGAUGCUGCUCAGGAGCGUAGCGUCAGAAGAGAAGUCCUUUGCUAUCGGAGUUCAGUUUUUGCUCUUGAGGCUUUUGGCGUGGCUUCCGGCUCCGGCGCUGUUCGGCAUGGCCAUCGACACCUCGUGCAUUUGGUGGAAGCGCAUGUGCGGCAAGAAGUUCAGCUGCGACUACUACGACAAUGAUGUCUUGAGAAACAGGUACCUGGGCUUGCUGGUGGGCUACAAGGUGAUGGGUGUGGCCCUGCUAGCCAUCCUGGGUUGGAAAGUGCUGCGGACACAGGAGUACACUCUGGAGAAGAGGCCCGAUGGGGUGCUAUAAAACAUUGGCACCCCUCCAACCCCCUUCCCAUCUUAAGGUGGUAAUGCUCAAAAGACCAAAAGGUGGCGAUACCUCACAGCUUCUGCCGGACUUGUACAAUAACAUGUUCACUGCUGCCCGUCAGGUAGGUUCUAAUGCACAGCCCAUUAAUUGUAUAGCAUAAUAUUUAAGUAAUUAUUUUUUUAUACUGUCUGCACGCUGUUCAUUUUAUACACUGAUUUCUUUCUUUUUAUUUUAUUUUUUUACUUGUAUUAAUCGUUCAAUUUUUUUUUUGGUGCUACGUACCGCACAUGCCUACUUACCAAUAAAACAUGCUGUAUAAUAAUCAA